AUGUCGACCGACAUUGUCGCCGAGAUUAACAAAAUACCGCCAGUCACAAGAGUUAUUAUUGUUUCGUCCUGUCUCAUUGCACUCCCCAUAUUCUUUCAUCUUGCAAGCCCGCUCUGGUAUCAUCUCGACUAUGGCAGAGUCACCGCAGCUCUCCAGAUAUAUCGCUUGUACACUUGCCUUCUCGUUCCAUCGCCCCGCACAAGUCCGUUUUCAUGGCUAUUCAGCACAAUCAUGCUUUUUCAACACUUGAAGCGUAUAGAGGAAAAGGACUACCACCGGCGAUUACCAGACAUGGUCUGGCAGUUUGCUCUAUCGUCAGUAGCAAUAUUCUUGCUUGCCCAGCCGCUGGAUUGGGCAUUCUUUCAAGGCUCAUUUAUCUGCUUUGUCGUUUACCUAUCCUCUCGGUUAUCACCCAACGAAAAGGUUUCCCUCAUGGGACUGCUCCACAUCGAUGUUAAAUACUUUCCGUACGUCUUGGUUGCGUUCGAGACCAUGUCCUCUCCACGCAGCGGCUGCGUCGCAAUGGCCGGGCUCAUUGUCGCCCAAGUAUUGCUAAUGAUCGAAUACGACCUUCCGCUAGAUAACAACACGCUCAUGCAGCCACGUCUCAAACCAAAGUCUUGGCUCAGGGCGCCUGGUUGGCUCUGCAACCUCCUUCUCAAACCAGAGCCCCGCCAACGAGUCGUCACCGAGCAAAGAGUCUAUGGUAGCGCAACUGCUCCAUCUGGGCGAGGUGUUGGUGACGGUGGAAGAGGUGCAAACGCUACAACGUCGUCUGGCUACAACUGGGGACGGGGCAAUCGCCUUGGUGAAUCAUAA